CUGGAUCGUGAACCUCUCCGCGCUGAAGAAAUAUUUUACCGUGAGUAUCCGACGACGGGAUCCAGCAGAGGCAGCAGCCACUCGAGAGAGGAAGACACUGGCGUGGAGAGUGUGUUAGAGCGCCGUGUUCGCCGUGUGGUUCAGUCGUCGUCGCAGAGUCGUCGCUGUCUCGCACAUACACACUGGGCUGGCAAAGCGGGGACCGGUGGCCGGCGCUGGCUGGUGAUAUAACGUAUUUGCUGGUCCGUCCACAUUAGAUGCAAACGGACUGUCGCGAAGUGCGGACGCAAAUCCGAGGUUCCGUUACUGCCUCACAAAAAUUUUUGAUCUUCAAACAAUAAACAACUUGGAGAGACAUUUUUCAAAUUAUUAACAUCCAUCACCAGAGAGAGGGUGAAAAGAUUUUCUGACAAAUUUUUACACACUUUUCCAUCCUCUUUUGGCUAUUUAAUUAUCUCCACUGAACAUCAUUCGGGUGUGACGAGUGUUUUCGGUUUUUUUCUUGUUUUAUUUUUUCUUCGAUUUUAAUCAUCAAACAAAUUCAUCGAAGGAAUAGACAUCGCAGAAUUUUUCCACCAAGACAAUCCCAAAGAUUGGAAUUUUCACAACAAAUUUGUUUUCUCUACAAAACAUCAUCAAAUCAUACCAAGUGAUACAGUCAUGGAAUCAAAUUAACGGAAAAAAAAAUAAUUGCAGAAACAUUUGCAGACAAAGUGACGAAAAUUCCAAGUGUAAUUCCAAUUUGGUGAAAAUUGUCUUCAUGGGGACUUGAGAAGUAUUUUCUGAUGUUCUGGAUUUUGUGAUGAAACAGAGAGCAAAAGAAUGAGAAUGUGGUCAAGAAUAGAAACUUCACAAAUUGUCGCCAGUGAAUAAAAAGCCAGUGAAAUGUGUGCAAAAGUUUAAAAAAAAAGAUUAUACCCUUAACUCACAUAAAAAUGAAGUCAAUUUAAAUGAGGAGAAAAUUUUCCAAGUGAUUUUUGCAAAAGAAAAACUGACAAUGUGCAGCUUUUGAAAUUCAUCUUCUUCCACAAAAAGAGAAGAUUGAAAAUAAAAAAAACACUUGAUUAAGAAAAAGAAUUAGAAAGACAUAAAAAAAAGUGCAUAAAUAAAUCACUAGAAAAUUUGAGAGUUUGUGAUAUUCAUUUAAAAAAAAAGAACGAACAUCUAUUUAAAAUGAAGUUUGGCAAGUGAAUGAAAUUGCGGAAAGAAAACUUUAUAAACAUGCAAAUAUCUUCCAUAAAAUACUUUUUUUGUGUUUAAUUGAAGUUUUUCGUUCUAAAUUGGUUAUAAAAUUCUUGUUUUUUUUCUUGCUGUUUUUUACUAAAUUUUCAUAUUGAAAAGAAAAACGCAUCCACCGGAGUGGAAAUCACUCGGUUGUUGAAGGAGAGUUUUCUCAGGAGGAGACACCAGUAAAAUUAUAUAAAAAAAAAUAUUUCCAAUCCACGUAAAAUAGUUGAAAUAACCAGCAGCAAAAUGAGAAUUAAAAUGCCAGCUGUUCGAAUUGCACAAGACUCCGAUACAUCAGCAGACACACCUGAGGGUAGUCUCCAGGACAUCCUGACGUGUGGAUCGUGUCAAAAGACUUUCGCUCUAUCGGAUAUUGUUCGUUUCAUCCAGCAUAAAGUCAAUCAAUGCAAUAAAGAAAACUAUGGACAGUGUUUUAGUCAAGGUGGUACACCAAGCGACAGAGAUGCAGACGAUGGACGACCUCUGAGCUUAGUGAAUACUCGACGACCAUCAAUAUCGGCGCCGAUUUCGGCGAGAAAACCCUCAGGAUCGCGCGUUCAUUCACCGCCACUUUCAAGUCCUGCCGAACUCCUUCUUCUCGGUGAUGGAGGAUCAUCGAGUACACCAAAGAGACUCUCAGAUGACAAUGAUCCAUCGACACCAGUCCGGAGGGCUACAAUUAGCAGUCCUCUGGGUUCCAGUAGCAUGGAUGAUGUCAAUAAAGGGGAUGAGGUGGAAAUUAAGCAGGAACGAAUGGACACAAGUUCCAGUCACGGCGAGGAUAGUCCUCUCGUGGACAACAAACAUCCCGCCAAGAAGCUGAGAACUCAAGUUGCAGAUGCAGAAUCCAACACAAUGAAUACCGAGCCCAGCAAUUAUGUGUGUUCAACUUGCAAAACGCGACUGCAUUCAGCCUGGCGACUCGUGCAACACGUCCAACAUUCACAUGGCGUGAAGAUUUACGUCGAAUCCUCCCCGUCAUCUCUGCUCAUGUCUGCAUCUUCACCAGCAUCAUCAUCCUCUUCGUCGUCCCUCAAUCCGCUGAAUUUGCUGGGUGUGGGCACGACGAAAGGUGUUAAGGAUCUCAGUGGUAGCUCUACGUGCUCCUCGGCCAGUUCAUCGGGCAGCAGCACACAGCCAAGUCAAUCGGCUACAGUUCCACCACCCACCGUCAGCACCCAAGUUGGUUCGAGUCUCCCGCCGCCGGGUAUGCGACAUCAUCCACUCCUGCCGCCGCCCGAUAUGCACGGUAACCCUUUUGGGCUGCUGAGAAUGCCACUGCCGCCCCUGUCUCAGGGACCCGUGGUGCCACCUGUGGCACCACUCUUCUCACGGCCCCACCACGAUCAUCACUUUCGCAUGGAACAGCUGGUGUCUGAGCAAUUUCGCCAUCAUGGCAUCAACCUCGCCGCGGCGGCUGUAGCCGCUGCCAAUUCCCUCGCAACGCCACACAGUGCCGCCACUUUUCCAUCACCAUCGGCAGCACCGGCAGCCGAUACACGACCACCUAGCUCUGGGGCACGCAGUGUCGUACCAUCGAGCUCAGUGGCGACCCCAGGAAGUGCUGGUAUGAGCGCCCAUGAGCCCCAAAUGGAUUUUUACUCGCAGCGAUUGCGACAGCUUGCCGGAACUACGAGUCCGGGAGCUGGUGGAGGUGCGGCUAACUCGAGCUCGCCGAGUCCGCGCAAGCAAUCGCCACCCUUCGCGAGUCCUUCCCCAUCGCAAUUGCCACCCACGCCGCUCACAAACACCAAUUCCCGGCCACACAGUCUCACGCCGCCAGAGACUAAAGUUUCAGGUGGCGACAAUGGACAUGCCGGCGUAUCGACGCCACGUUCAGCAUCAACACCACCGACGCAUUCCUCAGCUCCCGACAUUGGGGUACAUGCGUGUGACUUUUGUGGUAAAAAGUUCCGUUUCCAGAGCAAUCUCAUUGUGCAUCGACGCACCCAUACCGGAGAUAAAGAACUCAAGUGCACGAAUUGUGACUUUACCUGUCUGCAGGCCGGGAAGUUGAAGCGUCACAUGAGAGUUCACCGUACGCCGGAUGACCAAAAAAGCAAUGCCGGGAGUGUAGAGACAUUAGAUGGGGAGGAAGAAAGCAAUGAUGAACUCGAUGAGGAAGAUGAGCUGCUCAAAGAUGAGGAAGAUGAAGAGGAUCUUGAUGAUGGGGAGGAGUUUGAGGAUGAAGCGGAAGAUCUAAGUGUGCCCAAUUCCAAGCUUGUGCUCGAAACACAAAAGCUCAUGAGCCAAGGGAGUGCAGCAUCGAGUCUUGUGGGGGAACUUAUGGAUAAAUUUGGUCUGUCAAAUAUUGCACAGUACUCGGAGGCGUACAAGCAAGCCCUGCAGGAAUCGGGAAAUGCCCUCAAGCUACACCUCACCAGUAAAGAUCGUGACAACAAUAACAGUGCGGGAGCCAUUCCAGGACUGCAGGACAAACUCAAUGGACUGCCAGUUGCGGCACUGAGACUGCGUGAAGAGUUCACCAAGAAUAUGCUUCAGCAGCAGUCACAGCAGCAAUCUCAGGUACCUCUUUUCAAUCCCUUUGAGAAUCCCUUUGAGGCCAGUAAGAGAAUCAAGUUGGAAGGUGCUGCUGGGCCAGAUGGUGCCUGGUGGGGACUACCGGGUCUUGCGCACAGGGGAAAUUCUCUGUUUGAGGAUCUAAAGUCAAAGGGUGUGGCAGGAGUACCGGGUUCAGCUGCUGGUCUCCUUCAGAAUCCGUUGAUGAAGAAGGAACAGAAGCGCAAUGACACCUGUGAAUACUGCGGGAAGGUAUUUAAGAAUUGUAGCAAUCUUACGGUCCACAGGCGCAGUCACACGGGUGAAAAGCCCUAUAAGUGCGAAUUGUGUUCAUAUGCGUGUGCCCAGAGUUCAAAAUUGACGCGCCACAUGAAGACACACGGACGCAUGGGCAAGGAUGUGUACCGCUGUCGAUUCUGUGAUAUGCCGUUUAGUGUGCCGUCGACACUGGAGAAGCACAUGCGUAAGUGCGUGGUGAACCAGGGUAAGCAGCAGGCGGCAAGUCUUGCGGCACCACCGGGUGGUCAUUUGGGGGGACCCAUGCCUGCCGCCAUGCCCAUGAUUGCUGCCGAUGAUGAGGGUAGUAUGUCGAUGCCCAAAACCGAGGCGGCAUGACUCUUUCCGCCGUCCUGGGCUGCCGCCGCUGCCGCAUACCAACUGCCACCGGCUCGGCUCAUGUCGCGCAUCUUCUAGUCACGCUCCACCUCACCGCCGGGCCCACACUACCGCCGGAUGCCGCCACUGUGGCUCCCAAAUACAACCCAACAAUCACACCAAAGCUGAUGCGAUCCCUAUUAUUUUGUUUGUUUCUUAAGUUUAAAAAAAAAUGUUCAAAGGAGAAAAAAUGCAGACAGAGUGAAAAAGAAAGAGAGAGAGAGAGAAAUUGGAGAAAGAGAAAAUCCAGUGAAAGGAUCUUAUGCCCUAGACACACUUACGACUUAAGCCGAGAGACGACUUAGUGGAAAAUGAUGGAAAUAUAGUUUAACCCUUUAACGACGAGACACUUCUUACGAACUGAAAAUCAACAAUAAAAAUUAUACUGAGAAACAUAAUUAAUGAGGCCAUUUACACCGCCGUCUUAGAUUGACGAUUAUCCCAAAUCUUAGCGAGAUACAUCGCAAAAUCCAAUACGACCUCUCGUAUCGAAUUGACUUGAAUUGACAUUGUCCCAAAUUGUCACAAAACCCAGAAAAGCAUUUGAAGGGAUUUUUAUUUGCAAUUGAUUGGCUUUUUGUGCUGUCAAAGUACUAUCUAACCUCCCUAUUUUCUCAGCGCCAAAGGUGUUCUUGUGCUCCCCUCUGAAAAAAUAAAGCGAAAAUCGAAGAAAAUUCGUGAUUCUGUGAAAACAGUAAGGGGAAAAAGUGAAAAUGAGUGAAAAGAAGAACUGAUCUAGUGAAGAGACCAAAGUUUUUCUUCCAAAAAAAGUGUUUCACAGUUAUUCUUAUUUUUAUAGACAAAAUCAAAAAAAAAAAACAAAACUUACAUCAUCCUUUUUCUGAACUUUCUCUGCCUUCUUCUUGCUCUCAGCAUCCUUUUAGCCAGAAAAUAUUUGAUUAUGGUCAUUUUGUGAAACUCCUUGCACCACACAAUUUCACAUAACCUUACAAUUCUUGUGAUAUAAACCACACCGAGUCUGACUUGGUAUAUUUUGUGCUUCUACGAACGAUAGGGACAAAAAUAACCCAAAAAUUUACGUAAUUUUUCUCACAAUACCAAUGAAUAAUAUUUUUCGCUUUAAUGAAAAAUAUUACGUAUGAGUAUUGUGGUUUUUAUUGCCAAAAGGGUUUUGCCUAAAUAAAAUUGGAAGUAUAAAAAUAAAUAAAAUCAAUUAUGAACUUGAGAAUUUAAAAAUUCGCCAUUUUUCUGUUUAAAUAUUUACUACAUAGCAAAUAGCUAGAGACUUGCAAAAAAUACUGUAGAUUCCUUCAACCUUCUACUUUACAAUUAUGUACAGACAUAAGGAAAAAAUAACUUUAGGUAGUCAGGAAGAAUUAUUUUCCUUAUGGGACACCGGUGUUCCAAUCGUCCUUAAAGGGUUAACCAUUAUUUCUAAUAUAAUUACGUUAAGCCGUCUCUCGGCUAAUCUGUCAAGUCUGUCAAGGCCCUUAGGAUAUUUUUCUUCUAAGUUUUUUUUGUCUGUUUUAUUAUUUUUAUCACCUUAUUUAAUUAUGAGUUUCUUUAAGGUCAACGCACACUCAACUGCCAGGAGACAAGAAGAAAAAACUGAGACGAUCGAUCGGAUUGAAAAAAAACAUAACCCCGUAAAGUAUACUAAAAAUUAGAGUACACCAAAUAUUACACCACGUGUUCCAAUUCUUCUGCAAGUGAGUGUGCAACAUGGGAAGAUUAUUUCCUAAAAAUAACAAAAAAAUUGAGAGAGAAAAAUAACCUCCCUAUUUUUUUGGACGUUCCACUAGAAUCCCAAUAGUUUUGUAAAUAUUCUCUAGUUUCAUUUUACAAAAAAAAAUAAAAUUAAAUGCUUUUCCCCCGAAUUCAAGACUGAUGAAUUAGAAUUCCUUGUUAAACUUUUCCCUCCUACUGAGAAAAAAACAUUUAAAAAAUAAAAAUAAUAUUGUUUGGAGGUGAACAUUGCCAGAUUUUUUUUCUUUACAAAAAAACAAUUAGGGUAAAUUGAUACAAUUUGGAAUGUGGUACAAAUUUGGAACAUUUCGCAAUUACAAAUUGGGACAUGGAUUUUUUUCCUUGAGAAACACAGAGCUCUCUGAUAUUCAGGUGACAGCUGUCAAACACUCGAGCUAAGGAAAAAAAGAUCCGGACAAAAAGUGAGGUUAAGUGAUACCGGACAGAUGCAAAAAUUAUAUUUUUUGGGUAUUUUGAGGUGGUUUUGUGUCAAACUGAAGAUUGAUACACGUCCUCCUGAACCGCCGGAAACUGAUAUUGAGGCAAUGGAUAUCGAUAGCCAGACAUCACAGAUUAUGCCAUUCCACUGCCCUAUUUCCAGCGUUCAAUUUACUUGGUUCAAAAUUGCAAAAUUCUCCAUGUUCCAAAUUAUUCCAAUUCGUUCCAAAUCGUAAUGUUCUGCAUUUUCAGAACUUUUAAGCUGUAUUUAAACAAUUUGCACUGAACACUAAUAUUCUAGAAGAGUAAAGGAGUAAAUUUAUGUAUGUUCUCGAAAAAAACAUCAAAUUUAUUAUGUUCUUAAUCUUAUGUUCAAAUUUAAGCUUCAGAAAAUAGUUCCAAAUUAUAUCAAUUUACCCUACACACAAAAAAAAUAUUCCGUAAAAUUAUUUGUAAAUGUUUGUGAAUUCCUAGUGGGGACUUACAAAAUGCUCGUAAAUCGUAUAACUUACUAAAAAGUUCGUAAAAGUUCGUAUGCUUUCACAAAUAUUUUUUGUUAAUGAUCACUUGACGAGCAGUUUUUGUUCCUUUACAUUACAAAUGUUCGUAAACAACUGGGGAAAGUAUGGAUACUUUCCCCAGUUGUUGUGCAAAUGUUCUUCGAUACAGAAUAUGGAAAACUUUGUCAGAUCGGAAACCAACUUGCUUUCGUCAAAAGUUUGUCAAAAGGAUGUUUUUCCAUAUAAAAUAUAAGCUAAAAUUUUGUCAAACUAGUAAACAAUAUUCUUUUGACAAAAUUUGAGCAAGAUUCAUUUUUCCGUUUAACAAGACAUUUUGUUCAGAAUAAAGGAUUGUUCGUAAAAUUUUGUCAAUUGUUCGUAAAGUUUUGCCAGACAAAAAUGUACGAAUAAAUACUUAUCAAGUGAUCAUAUUGCUAGCAGUCUUUUGUGAAAGAGUAUUAACUUUUACAAACCUUUUAGUGGGUUAUACGAUUUACAAGUAUUUUGUAAGUCCCCACUAGAUAUUCACAAACAUUUGCAAACAAUUCCACGAAAUUAUUUUUUCUGUGUAAUUUAAAAGAAUAUUUCUGUGACAAAAUUUGUUAUUUGUAUUUUUAAAAUGGAGAAAUACCUUGAGAAUUUUCAUCGGAACUUUUGCAAGUGAUAAUUUUCCGCAUUAAAAAAAGGAAAUAUAAAUAGAAAAGCUCCGACGAAAAAUAAGAAUUUCUCCGAGAAUCGUUAAAUUAAUCUUUGGGUAUUUAAAACCAUUAUAAAUUGACGAGGAAGAAAAUGAACAUUCCUUGUCUUUCUCAUUCUUAUAGAAAUUCUAAAUGUAGCCUAAAAUAUCGUGUCUUAUGUUUGUGAAAUUAUUUUGUUUUUUUUUAAGUGUUUUAUUAACUAAAAAGGGCAUCUUUUACAUUUUCUCAUUUAUUUCUUCAUUUAUUUUAAAUUGAAUUUUCUUUCGAAAUUUAUUUUAUUUUUGCAAUAAAAGUUUUUUGAGGUUAAUUAAAAAAAAAACUACAAAGUGAAUUUUUAAUACGACAAUGGACCAUAUCCAAGAAGAAACAACAAAAAACAAAAAAUCUUCGAGCAUUAGUAGAUGAAAAUUAACAACCAAAAAAAAAACAACUACAAAUCCACCAUGUGGUAAUGGAAAUAUUGGUGAAAAUCAUAAAUUAGAAAUUUUAGUCGCAUUUAAAUUUAAAAUACCUUUAAAAGAAAAAAAAACACAAAGAAAAUUGAAACUAAAUUGAAAACUCGCAUUUUUUGAUGAUAAAACUUGAAUAAAUUAUGAAGAAUCUACAAGUAAUUAAUGAAAAUAAUGUUAUAAAUAAAUGAAUUAUUAUCACUAAAUUUUACUGUAAGAAAGAAGAAGAAAAAUGGAGGUAGAAUAAUAAAGUAAAUAAAUAAUAUGAAUGUACAAAAAAAACUUCAAUAUUUGAAAAAAAUCACUUAAUUGUAUUUCACUGAGAAAAAAAGAGAAAAGAGAAAGUAUUAAAUUAAAGGGUGAUUUUUUUGAAUGAGAACACCCCAAAAAAAUGAAAAACAAAUAUUCCUAUUAAUUGUAACAAUGAAAGUAUAAUACAAAAAUUAAAAAAAAAUAAAGAAAAAACCUAAUAAAAACAUUUGUAAAUGUUCACAAUGCAAUUAUAGACGACAAUUUCCAAAGAAAAUUCAUAAUGAAAUAAUGAACAAAAAAAUUAUCGAAAAUGUUUCAAUGUCCUUUUACAAAAAAAAUAAAAUAAAAUAAACUGUAAACAUCAUCAAUAUAGAAAUAAUUUCACGAAUUUAACACACGAUAGAAAAAUGCAAAAAAAAGAAACCUUUCUCAAAUUCAAAUUUUAUUUUUUAAUUGUGAGAAAGUCAUUUAAAGACUUCAAUUUAUUUAUUUAUUUUAAAUAAAAAAAAUUGUUCUACAUUCACAAAAGAAGAAAGACAAAAAAUAAGCACAUUUCUUUAAAGAAAAUAACUUAAUAAAAAAAAGAAACAGAAAAUCAAGUAUAUGUGAAAGAAAAAAAAGUCAUUUAUAUAGUCCGACGAAUUGAAACUCAGAAUAAAUAAUAGUAGAAAAUAAAUCAGAGAAAUAGAUAAAAAAAAGAGAUUAAGAAAAAAAGAGAUAAAAAACACUACAUUUGAACACAGGGUAUUUGACAUUAAUAAAAAUAGAGAAGUAAUUUAAAAAAAAGAAAAUGGAAAUGAAUUACAAAUCACUUAAAAAUAAAAUAGAUUAUAAAGAAAAAUCCUUGAUUUUUGUUUCGAAAAAUAAAGAGAAAAUAUUUUUUGCUGUCCAAAUUAUCGAAAAAAAAUCCCAAUUUUCUUUUUAUUCGUCAAUUAAAAAUGUUUUCUCUUUAACCCCAGGAUCCCCCAAUUGACACUCAAUGAUGUUGUAUCAGUAAAUCCCACGAAUAAGAACCGUAUCUACAUAGGAAACAAUGUUGAAAUAAGCAUCAGAUUUUUUUGUUUAAAUGUGAAAACUAAGAAAAAAAAUACACUGAAAGAGAUGGAGAAGAAGAAAACCAACAUAAACAAGAAAACUUAGACCUUAAUAGAAAAGUAUAUUUAAGAUCCACUUUUAAAUUAUUUAUAUAUAAAAUAUAUAUUAUAAAUAGAUCCAAAUUGAAUUACUAUCUUUAAUAAGGACGUAUUUAAGGUGAAUAAUGUGAAGAUGAAGAGAAGAAAAAAAAAACACAGUGAAAAAAAAUAGAGCAAGAUGAAAUCUAUUAAAUGUAACUUAUUGAAUGUUUUCAGAUACGAAGAUUCAUGAUGAAGCAAAAGAAAAAAAAUAAAUCAACGCAAAAAAUGUAUAAAUGUAAACGGUGAAACGUAUAAGAAAAAAAAUCAUUUGAAAUGCAAAACAUGAAAAAAAAGGAGAUUGUUUCAUUUUAAAAAAUAUACAGAGAAAAAAUUGAAAAAUA